GAUAAUGAAACAGGACUGCCCUCCCAGUUUAAGAACUGUCUUUUCAAAACCAAUACAAUACCAAGUCAUUAAAAACAUGGAAAGGUAGAACAGCCUACUUCCAUAAGAAGGCUCCCGGGAAGCAGUUAGAAGCCUGCAUUUAUUUUCGCCUUGAAGCUUGUGGGUGCUUUUACCAGCACGUGGGAUAUUCCUCUUCUCAGUGAGGCUUUCUCUUCUGUGUGUGUGUUUUUUAUUUGCACAGGAAUUUUAACUUCUUACUGGAACCCCAUCCUGUGUGGAGGUUUUCAAAAUGCCCAGAGUCAGCAAAGGCCCCGGAAGGGAGGAAUCUGAACUCAGGAUUGUCCUCGUUGGAAAGACCGGAGGCGGGAAGAGCGCUACAGGAAACACCCUUCUUGGCCGGAAGGCGUUUGAGUCCGUGGCGGCACUGAGGACGACCACGCUCAGGUGCCAACGAGAGACACAGAGGUAGAGAGACUUGGACCUUUCUGUGAUUGACACUCCAGCCCUUUGUGACCCAGACACCUCCACCACGAUCCUGCUGCCGGAGAUCAGGCGCUGCAUUGACCUCUCCAGGCCCGGCCCUCAUGCCUUGGUGUUUGUGACCCAGGUGGGCCGCUUCACGGCAGAAGACGAGGCGGCCGCCAAUCAAGUCCAGGCUUUGUUUGGAGAAGAGGCCUUCAAGCACAUGGUCAUCCUCUUCACCCGCAAAGAGGAUUUAGAUGGGGAUUCCUUGGAGGACUAUGUGUGGGGCUCAGAUAAUGAGGCUCUCCAGGGGCUAAUUCGGAAGUGUGGGGGGCACAUGUGUGCUUUCAAUAACAGGGCAUCUGGGGAGGAACGGGAGAGGCAGGUCUCUGAGCUGAUGGAGAAGGUCCAGCGCAUGGUGGAGAAGGAGGGAGGGAGCCAUCUCUCCAAUAGGCUCUACGUGGAGCCGGUCUUGACAGAUGAAAAGAUUCAAGCGUUCAUGGCAGAGAAUGGAGGUACCAGGCCAAAGCCAAGGGGAGGUUGGAAUUUGGAUAGAAUGCUGCUGAAAAAAGGACUAAUUGCUCUUGGUGGCUCUGCUUUAGGCAUCGGCGUGGUUAUAUUGGUGAUUUAUUUGGCAAAAGGUAAUUAAUAUAUCAUAUCUUCUUUUUUUAAAAAGGGGAAUUUCAUGUAGCAUAGAUCCAAGGCAGACAACUGUGGGUUCAAGAGCCCGGCAUGCCAUGGGCCAGAUGAGAUGGGCAUUGUGUAUUCUUUCUCAUUCAUUCCUUCUUCCACCUUGACUUUACACUCUGCUGUUCUUUGCCCACAUGAUGGUUUUUCCUCUGGUUUAAUCUCCGAAAUGCUGGAGCGCAGCCUUUGAGGCCUCAGUCCUCAGUGUGACCAGGAGGCGCUUCCGUCCCCCUUGGAAAGGCUCCUGCUCUUUUUGGCCAUACAUGGUGGACAUCUGACCAUGCGGAAAAGUCUUCCAACCCCUUAUAAGAAUUGCGUACUAAAUAUCUAUCUAUAAUAAUUUUUACACAUAAUAAUAGUGAAAAUGUGUAAGUGUGUAUGUGCCAUGGGUGUCCGAUCACACAGACAGAUAGACAGCCUCUGCGGAAAAGCCUCCAGAGAAGGAGACUCUGACACACUCCCAGGCAGCCUGUGCCACUCUCCAGAAGGUCUUCCGAAUCUUUUCAACACAUUGCUCCCUUGUGCCCUGGUCUCUAGAGCAGCAACAAAGCAGUUUUCCCUCUCUACCUUCUUUUCUCCCAGGUAAACAUCCCCCGGGGAAAAGAAGGAAGGAAAAAGAGAUGGGAGGGAGAAAGAUGGAAGGAAGGGUGGAAGAGAAUGGAGGGAAGGAGGAAAGAGAGAAGAAAGAAAAGACAAAAGGGAGGGAAGGAAGAAAGGAAUGAAGGAAGGAAGUAGAAAGGGGAGAAGAGGGAGGAAAGAGGGGAGAAAGGACAAAA